AUGGGGUCAGCCUGUGUCAAAGUCAUCAAAUACUUCCUCUUCCUCUUCAACUUGCUCUUCUUUAUCCUGGGCGGAGUGAUCCUGGGCUUCGGGGUGUGGAUCCUGGCCGACAGGAGCAGUUUCAUCUCUGUCCUGCAGGCUUCCUCCCCGUCACUCAACGUGGGUGCCUACAUCUUCAUCGGCGUGGGGGCCGUCACCAUGAUCAUGGGCUUCCUGGGCUGCGUGGGUGCGGUGAACGAGGUCCGCUGCCUGCUGGGGCUGUACUUCGCCUUCCUCCUCCUGAUCCUCAUCGCCCAGGUGGCUGCCGGUGUCCUCUUCUUUUUCAACAUGGACAAGGUGAAGCGGGAGAUGGGCAGCAUCGUGACCAAGCUCAUCCGGGACUACAAGGACGGGCAGGAGGACAGCCUGCAGCAGGGCUGGGACUACGUGCAGGCACAGGGCAAGUGCUGCGGCUGGGUCAGCUUUUACAACUGGACCGAAAACGCUGACCUCAUGAACCGCACCACCAUCACCUACCCCUGCUCCUGCGAGAAGAAGGGGGAGGACGGCAGCCCCCUCGUGAAGAAGGGCUUCUGCGAGGCUUCCGACGUCAACGGGACCCUGAGUGGCAACGGGACCCAGGGCGACAACAACCCGGAGCAGUGGCCCGUGUACCAGCAGGGCUGCAUGGAGAUGGUGCAGUCGUGGCUGCAGGAAAACCUGGGCACCAUCUUAGGCGUGUGUGUGGGCGUCGCUGUCAUUGAGCUCCUGGGCAUGCUCCUGUCCAUCUGCCUGUGCCGGAACGUGCACUCCGAGGACUACAGCAAGGUCCCCAAGUACUGA